GGCCCCUGUAAAGCCAGGCCAAAGCCCCGCUGUUAUGACUCCAGCCCAGGCUCGGCGGGCCCCGGAGCCGCCUGGGCGGGAAGCCCCAGGUCCCUCCUCCCUGGCGAGGGGCGGCCCCUGCGGGUCGCUCCUCCCCGUCCCCGCUGUCCCCGCUGGCCGCUCAGUGGCAGCCCGGCGAGCCGCGGAACCAGGCGAGCCCAUGGCCCAGGAGGAGGCGGCGGCGGAGGGCGGCGGCGGGCUGCUGCUGGAGAUCCUGAGCUCGCCGCUCAACCUGAGCCUGCUGGGCCUCUGCCUCUUCCUGCUCUACCAGAUCCUGCGGGGCGAGCGGGCCCCGCGCCUGCCCGACGACGCCGAGCCGCCGCCGCCGCCCGAGCUCGGGCGCCGCGACUUCACCCUGGCGCAGCUGCGGCCCUACGACGGGCUGCGGGAGCCGCGCAUCCUCAUGGCCAUCAACGGCAAAGUCUUCGACGUGAGCCGCGCCAGGAAGUUCUACGGGCCCGAGGGCCCAUAUGGAAUUUUUGCUGGAAGGGAUGCAUCCAGAGGUCUUGCCACAUUCUGUCUGGAUAAGGAGGCUCUGAAGGAUGAAUAUGAUGACCUGUCUGAUCUCAACGCUACGCAGCAAGAGACCCUGAGAGACUGGGAAUCGCAGUUCACGUUUAAGUAUCACUACGUUGGCAAACUGCUGAAGGAAGGAGAGGAACCCACCGUAUACUCAGAUGAAGAAGAAAAAGAAGAUGCUAAAGAUCAAAAGAGAGACUAGAGAAUGCAGUGAGGAACAAUAUUUUUAUAUCUUAAGGGACCAUUUGUAACAUUCCAGUUCUGUUUUAUAAGUUCUAACAUCAACAGUAAUUAGAAAAGGUACAGACUUGCUGUGAUUGGAUUGUUUUUAAAGCAGUUCUUAAUCUAAAUUUACCAGUAACAUAAACAAGAUUAAAUUUCUUACAUAAAAACUGCAUGACCUGAAUGUUCUGUAGGACAAAAAGCACCAGAACAGAGGAAAAGUGAACUGCAACUUUGUACUAAAGUUAUUUCUGCUUUUUUUCAUCAAAGUAGGUUGAAAUCAAAAAAGCAUUUAUUUAAUGGCUAAGGCCCCAAUCCUUCAAACACUUAAGCAUAAGAGUAACUUUACACACAUGAGUAGUUUUAUGCUACACUGAACUCAAUGGAAGAUCUUGCAGGAUCUGGGCCUUAGAUUAUAAUCUCUAUGGGGCAGGGAACAUGUCCAUAAAGCAUCAUACAUAUCUAUGGUGCUACAUAAAUAAUUUUAAUAGUAGAGAAAACUGACAUUAUAAAAAUUUUACCACAAGCUUAUAGGUGAAUCACUGAACAUGAAUACUUCAAAAAAAAAAAAAUCCUCUUUUCAGAGAGGCUAUAUCAUUUUUAGGUACUCAUGUCUUCAUUCAAGGACUGAUGAAUGGCUAGGCUAAUUCCCAACUCGGGUAGACAUGUGCUAAAAAUAGCAGCGUGGCCACAGUGGCUCAGGCUAGCCAUCGGAGUACAACCCCAUCCAAGAUCCUAGGUAUGUAUUUGAGUAGCUAACCUCAGUCACUGUCUGUGCCAUGGCAGCCACAUUAUUUUAGCAUGCCAGCUUGAUCAAAGCCACCAUGUAUAUGUCUUCCUGGUGCAGAAAUACACCUCCCAGCGACAGUGAAGACGUACUCCAUGUUUAUUCACAGCCACAUAACAGGAUUAAUGAUUUUUGUUGUGUUUAUCUCUGAAGCAUAUCUGAAAUGUUACAGAAGUUUUGGUAUUGAUUAUAAGUUGGACCUCCCACCUAGGGAGGGGCAUGACUCAGCUAUGACUACUGUUUGUUCAAUUUUCUUAGCAAACUAUUCUAGGGGCUGAUCCCAAAAUUUAAUCCAGAUGAAAUUAAACCAGAAGGGGGUGUGUGUGUGGGGCGCAGUGUGGGGAGAUACUGCUAUUGAUUCCUUGGCCUAGUCUACACUAGAAAAGAUUUGUUGGUAUAGUUUUUAUUGUCAAACCACCUAAUGUAGACACAGCUUAUCCCAGCAAAAGAGUGUUAAAGCUGGUACAGUUCAUACCAGUUCCCAGAACAAAAUAAGUUUUAUACCAGAAAAAGCACUUUAUUGCCAGUACAGCUGCAUCCACACUAAUGCUUUUGCUGGUAUAGAAGUAUCAUUUGAAAAAACAUGGCACCCCUAACUGAUAUUACUAUACCAGGAAGUUUCUAGGAUAGAGCAAGCCCUAGAAUUGUAUUUAGCUUGUUAUUCUGUCUUAUAACUCACAUCCAGGCUUCUUUUUAGCAGGUUCUUCCUUACUGAGUAACCAAGUCACAUACCAAAAGGGGGAAUUGAGAAUGCUUUUGCCCAGUGAGGAGGGUCAACAUGCUGUUAGGACACUGAAGAAAUAUUUCAGCUUGUUAGUGGAAAUUUCGAGGAGUUAAUGAUCCACUGAUCCCUCAUGGAACGCAUUCCUUGCCGAAACACUUUUCCUUGAAUGUUGGGCGUGCUCUGUAGUUCUCCAUUAUUCCCUCUCUGUCAGAUCCCGCUGUUAGAUCCAAUUAAGCAAGUCCAUGUAGGUCCUUCUUUCCCUUCUUAGUCCAACAGACCCUGAGUUCACUGGCCUUCAGGACAUGUUUCAAGUUAUCCAUUGACUAAGGCCUCUGCCACAAGAGAGGCACUUAUUUUUCCCCUCAGGGCGCUUUUUUGGGGGGGGGUUGACUGUUUUGGGUAGACUUUUUUUUUAACCUUGUCUGGUUUAAGGUUUGUGAGUUUGCAAUAGGCUGACCAUGCAAAACUCUUGCCCACUUGCCUGCAGUGUGGAUGUAAUAUAUUUUAAGCAAAAGUAACGUUUUAACUCUUCGUUAGUACCAUGGUAAAGGGUGGGCAAGUGGGUUUUAUACUUAGACCAGUAAACUUUCAAGACAACAUUGCAAAUCUACAAUAGGUAUGUUUCUGCACUGAAAGGUUAAUAGUACCCUGGGGGCUUAAGAACAGGCCUAGAGUCAGACUUGCUCUGUAGGCUUAGCCAAAUCACUUUAACUGUACGUGCUCCAGUUUCUCCAUUGGUAAAAGGAGGAGGAUAUCUACUUCAUAGGGAAUUGAGCCUCAGUUCUUUCAUAUAAAGUGCUUGGACAUCCUCCAGUGGAAAGUGCUAUAGAAAAGCAAAGUAUUAUGUAGUUUCUUAGCUGUUUUCUUCAUGGUGCCCAUGAUGUGCGUUGCUGCUACUGUGUACUUUUGAAUGAAAACAUGGGAGCUGAAACCUCUUGCAAAAUCCUUUGUUGCUGAUGACCCUAUUUGCCAGAGCAGCCCAAUGUUUUAUAAAACUUAGGAAAAUUUAGGCAGAGGAGCAGACAAAACGUAGCUGCUUACACCAAAUAAAAAGGGAAACAGUCCCUAAACUAGGCAAAAUUGUUCUUAAAUAGGAAGUGUUCCAUGAGGUCAGCAGCUUUUGUAAACACCAUCUAGUGCACUGUGUAAAAGUACCUGAGACCGUGUGUGUUCAGAAUGACUAUUCUCAAUCCAUACACUAAGAACCACUUUGGCAUUUUGUCUUUUUGUAACACUACGCAUUAAAACAAAGAAUACAGUUGUUUGCACAGUUAGCUUGCUAAAAUAUUAUUAUAUGAAUCACAUAGGGAGGGGCUAGGGUAAUGUAAAACUAGUUAUGGGUUUGUGUUGCUUUUUAAAGCCAUUUGUACUCCUUGCAGACUAUUUCUAAUGGUUUUACCUCAAAUCAGAAAAGUGCUUUUACUUCUUAUAAGCAGACAAUAAAAUUCUAACGUAGUG